UACUUAAUCUAAGUACUUUCAUAAAAAGUUACACAAUCUCAAAUAAAUCUCCGCGUUUUUAUGUUUUACGAGAGGGAGCAAAUUCAAUUCCACUACAAUAAAGUGGAACGUGAACUAUGUAUCAAUAAACCAUGCCGCGAGAAAAUAUUUUAAUCUUACCGUUUAGCCUAUUGCUUAUGUUCGGGCAAUUGAAAAUAACAUACGCAGUCUUCGAGUCAGAGGCAGACCAGAAAUUUACGGACGCGAAAAUCAUAGCGGAGACCACUUUAACUGAUUUCUUUAUGUUGUAUUGGAAUUGCGUCACUACCACCAUGCCUAAGCAACGGUUCCUGGUGGACAAUCUGCAAACGUUUAUUUUGUCGCCGGCGCGCACAACGGUGGGCUUUGCACCUAAAUUCAUCAAGAACCGCAAGUUCUUUGCCAACCUCAUCAACACCAAGUUCUACAAAUCCAUGUUGCAACAGGAUGAGAAUACGGUGAAGAUGAACCUCAUUAAGAAGUUGGAGUUUUGCGACGAGAUGAUCAUGGAUCAGAACUUGCUUAAGGAGUUCUACGACCGCGAAGUCGACCAGACCAAACUCAAGAAGUGAACACAACGCUAAGAUAUCGAUACUAAUAAACGAAUACUACAUAUAA